AUGGCUGACAAGCAGAUCAGUUUGCCUGCCAAAUUGAUCAAUGGGGGGAUCGCUGGCCUAAUUGGAGUGACCUGUGUGUUUCCCAUUGACCUGGCCAAGACUCGCUUGCAAAACCAGCAAAAUGGAUCUCGCCUUUACACCAGCAUGUCAGAUUGCCUUAUUAAGACCAUCCGGUCAGAGGGGUAUUUUGGGAUGUACCGAGGAGCGGCGGUGAACUUAACACUAGUCACGCCAGAGAAAGCCAUCAAAUUGGCUGCCAACGACUUCUUCAGGCAUCACCUCUCCAAGGAUGGAAAACUCACUCUGUUCAAAGAGAUGCUGGCUGGGUGCGGGGCAGGUACAUGCCAGGUUAUUGUCACAACUCCUAUGGAGAUGCUAAAAAUCCAGCUCCAAGACGCUGGACGAAUCGCGGCUCAGAGGAAGCUUAUGCCAGAGACGGUGGCAGCAGGUACUGUGGAGACCAAGUCCCCCACAGCCAUGCAGCUUACCAGAGAAUUAUUUAGGGAAAAGGGAAUUGCUGGACUGUAUAAAGGCCUUGGUGCCACAUUGCUCAGGGAUGUUCCGUUCUCCAUCAUCUAUUUCCCCCUUUUUGCCAACCUGAACAACCUGGGCAAGAGAGGCAUGGAUGGGCCUGCUCCUUUCUACGUGUCCUUUAUAUCAGGCUGCCUUGCCGGGAGCACAGCAGCUGUUGCUGUCAACCCUGUCGAUGUGAUAAAGACCCGCCUGCAGUCGCUGAACCGAGGGAGCACAGAAGACACGUACAGCGGAGUGACUGACUGCAUCAGGAAAAUCCUGCGUAAUGAGGGUCCAUCAGCCUUCCUGAAGGGAGCCUACUGUCGAGCCCUGGUCAUCGCGCCUCUGUUUGGCAUCGCCCAGGUGGUCUACUUUCUGGGCGUGGGUGAAUUUAUCCUCAGCUUCUUGCCUAAAAGAGACAACUAA